GCUGUGUUGCUCGUGUCACCGUACAGCCGCACUGCCAAGCACCUUGCAGCGCUCGGAGCCGGCACAGCUCCCGGAUCUGAGUACUUGGCCCUUCCCUGAGCGCUGCUCCCCGGCGGGACCCCGCUGUGCAGGAAUCAUGGAGCCCGGCGGCAUGUGGCUCUCUCUGCUCCUCCUCAGCCAAGGCAUUCUUCAUAAUUGCUGUGAAGCAUACAACGUUGGGCUCCCAGAAGCAAAAUUGUUUUCUGGUCCUUCAAGUGAGCAGUUUGGAUAUGCAGUUCAACAGUUUAUAAAUCAUCAAGGCAAAUGGCUGCUUGUUGGCUCGCCAUGGAGUGGGUAUCCAUCUAACAGAAUGGGAGAUAUCUACACAUGUCCUGUUGACUCACUUGAAACCACAUGUAAAAAACUGAAUUUACAAACUUUAACACGCAUCCCAAAUGUUACUGAGAUAAAGGAACAGAUGAACCUUGGCUUGACACUAAUAAGAAACUCAAAAACUGGAGGAUUUUUGACUUGUGGUCCUUUGUGGGCCCAGCAGUGUGGAAGUCAGUACUAUGCAACGGGAGUCUGUUCUGAAAUCAGUCCAAGUUUCCAGAUCUUAAGAAGCUUUUCACCUGCUCUUCAAAACUGUUCCUCCUUCAUAGAUGUUGUUGUUGUGUGUGAUGAGUCAAACAGCAUUUAUCCGUGGACUGCAGUGAGUGCGUUUUUGACAAAAUUUGUCCAAGGCUUAGAUAUAGGCCCCACAAAAACUCAGGUGGGCUUAAUUCAGUAUGGUAAUGAUCCAAGGGUAGUGUUCAACUUGAAUACCUACAAAACAAAAGAUGAUGUUGUUAAAGCAAUGUCACAGACCUUUCAAAAAGGAGGAGACUUGACUAAUACUUUCAAAGCAAUUGACUAUGCAAGACGUCAGGCUUUUUCCUCUGAAUCUGGUGGACGGCCCACAGCCACAAAAGUAAUGGUCGUUGUGACAGAUGGUGAAUCACAUGAUGGCUCAAGUUUGAAAGAAGUGAUAACUAAAUGCAAUGAGGACAAAAUAACCAGAUUUGGCAUAGCUGUUUUGGGAUACUUAAUCAGAAAUGAACUCGAUACUAAAAAUUUAAUUAAAGAAAUCAAAGGAAUUGCGAGUCUUCCGACAGAAAAGUAUUUUUUUAACGUGUCAUCUGAGGCUGCACUAUUGGAAGAAGCAGGAACACUGGGAGAACGCAUAUUUAGCAUAGAAGGUACCGAUCAAGGUGAUACAUUCCAAAUGGAAAUGUCACAAGUGGGCUUCAGUGCGUAUUACUCACAAAAAAAGGAUGUUCUGAUGCUAGGUGCUGUUGGGGCUUAUGAUUGGAGUGGGACUGUAGUCCAGGAGACCUCAAAUCAAGUGACUACAUUCCCUAAUCAAGCAUUUGAAAAAAUUCUACAAGACAGAAACCAUAGCUCGUAUUUAGGUUAUUCUGUCGCUAUUAUCUCAACCCAAAACACUGUCUAUUUUGUUGCUGGUGCGCCAAGAUCAAACUACACUGGCAGAGUAGUGGUUUAUGACAUUGACAGCCAUGGCAGAGUCAUGGUUGUUCAGUCCCAGAGAGGGGAUCAGAUUGGCUCCUACUUUGGCAGUGUGGUGUGUGCAGUGGAUGUUAACAGAGAUUCAGUUACAGAUGUGCUGCUAGUAGCUGCACCAAUGUUCAUGAAUGAGCUAAAGAAAGAAGAGGGAAGAGUUUAUAUGUUUUCCAUCACAAAGGGAAUUUUGGAUCAACAAGAACUCUUAGAAGGUCCACAAGGGUUAGAAAAUGCUCGAUUUGGAUCUGCUAUGGCGACCCUUUCAGAUAUUGAUUUGGAUGGUUUUAAUGAUGUGAUAAUAGGUGCACCUUUAGAAAAUCAGAACUCUGGAGCAGUUUACAUUUACAAUGGCAAUCUAAGGACUAUACGUACCAAAUAUUCACAGAAAAUUUUAGGAUCAAAUUCUGCUUUCGGACAACCACUCCUGUACUUUGGAAGAUCAGUAGAUGGCCAUAGAGACUUAAAUGGUGAUGGCAUUACAGAUGUAUCUAUUGGUGCCGAUGGAAAUGUGGUUCAACUCUGGUCACAAAGCAUUGCAAAUGUGUCCAUAAGAGCAUCAUUUGUACCUGAGAAAAUCAGUCUGCUGAAUAAGAACACUGAGAUAGCCGUCAAAAUAUGUUUCAGUGCCAAGUUUAGACCUGCUAAUAGAAAUAACCAAGUGGAUAUCAGAUACAAUGCAACACUGGAUGCUGAUCUCCAGUCAUCUAGAGUGACUUCUAGAGGAUUAUUCAAAGAAAACAAUGAGAGAUAUAUACAGAAAAAUAUUGUUGUAAGUUCUGCAGAGACCUGUGUUGAGCACAUCUUUAAUGUACAGGAGCCUUCUGAUGCUGUAAACUCCCUUAGUCUGCGCAUUGAUAUUAGCCUCAAGAAUCCUGGCUCCAGUCCUGUCCUCGAUAUAUAUUCACCUGCCACUGUGGCCUACAGUAUCCCUUUUGUUAAGGACUGUGGUGAGGACGAACUCUGUAUUUCUGAUCUUGUUCUUGAGGUUCAACAGAAAACCGAUGAUGGCAAACGGCCCUUUAUUGUCAGCAGCAAGAACAGAAGGCUAACAUUCAGUGUGAAGCUGAGAAAUAAAAAAGAAAAUGCCUACAACACCAGAAUCCAGGCUACAUUUUCAGAAAACUUGUUUUUUGCUUCAUCUUCUUUACCAGCUGAUGGGACUGAAAUCUCGUGUCAGAUGGGCACUGGCCAUAAAUCAGUAAUUUGCCAAGUCAGCUAUCCUGUUUUUAAAGUGGGACAACAGGUAUAUUUCGAUAUUAAUUUUGACUUUAAUCUAAAAAAUCUUCAGGAUAUGGCAAAAAUAAGUUUUCAUGCUUUGAGUGAAAGUAAUGAAGAGCAAGAAGCAGACAACCAGGUCUACCUGUCAAUUCCUCUGCGGUAUGAUGCAGAAAUUCACUUAACAAGGCUUACCAACAUAAAUUUCUAUGAAGUAUAUUCUGAUCGUAAUAUUCCUUCCACUGUGAAUAAUUUUGAAGAGAUUGGUCCUGCGUUCAAUUUUUCAGUGAAGGUUACAACGGGAAGCAUUCCAGUAAAGGUGGCUUCUGUAAAAAUCCAUUUUCCAGAGUCAACUAAAGGAAACAAUCCUCUGAUGUAUCUAACGGCACUGGAUACAGAUCAGGCUGGAGGUGUCAGUUGUGAUGCAAAGAUUAAUCCUUUGCAAAUAGGAAAAACAUCUUAUUCUGCAUCUUUCAAGAAAGAAAACUUCAGAGCUGCAAAAGAACUAAACUGUAAGAAUACGCAUUGUAAUACAAUUACAUGCAGUCUGAAAGACCUCACACUGAAAGGAGAGUAUUUUGUAAAUGUGUCUACCAGAAUCUGGAAUGGGACCUUUGCAGCUUCAACUUUCCAGAUGUUACAGCUGACAGCAGAUGCAGAAAUUGAUACGCAUAACCCAGAAUUAUUUGUAAUUGGAGAGAAUACCCUAACUAUCCCAGUGACAAUAAUGAAGCCUGAGGAGAAAGCGGAGGUGCCAAUCGGAGUUGUGAUAGGAAGUAUACUGGCAGGACUACUAUUGCUGUUAGCAUUGGUUGCUGUUUUAUGGAAGCUUGGCUUCUUCAAGAGAAAAUAUGAAAAAAUGACAAAGGAUGUAGAAGAUAUUGACGAAAUUACAGAACUCACAAAGGACAAAGAUUGAAGACAACAGUGCUGGGAAUACAGAACUAAUCCUCUGAGCCACAAACAAUGGCUGUGGUCCAAUCAGAUCUUCAGCUGGAGUGCCUUACAGUUCAAUAACUGUUAAACUUGGUUUUUAAUGAAUGAAAAUAUUUUACAGAUUCUUCUGUAUUGUAAGAGUAACUGCAGGUCAGUUUUUUUUCCACAAAUGAUUUAUAGUAUAUUUUCUUGUAUAUUUUUUUCCUUGCAAACAAAUUAGCCCUUGAACCAGGCAGGUCUGGAGUAUGCACCUUGUGGCAGAAAUCCCACUUCUGUUCCACAAAGAGCAAAAUAGAACAACUUUUUUUAAAUUUUGGAACAAUAUCAGUCCAAGUUAAUAGGCUCUUGGUAAAAAUGAUUUUUUCUACUAACUAAAUUAUCUAGAUGAAAUCAUUGUAUGAUGAAUAUUGAUUCAGGACAUGGAAAAGAAAAGCUCAGUUUGCGGUUUAUUAGCUACAUUUUGAUUGUCUUGGAGAACUGACCCACAUUUCCCAUCAAAUCUGAGUCUUAACUAAUCCAUAACGUUACAAGUUGUAUAUAUUAUAAAAUGGGCAAUGCGUCCUGAUUUGGGAAUGAAGACUCCAGACUAUGCCCUAAUAUAGGCUGUCUGGAUGGGUUCACCAUACCAAGUACAUCACCAUAUUCCUUUCACUAAGGUGACAACAAUUACUUUUUUACAGUGUGUGUCAAUUGUAAAGUACUUCUAAAUGAGACAUGCUCCUGCCUUAGUGCUGCCUUGCAUGUUUUGUCUCUUUUAAAGGCAGAAGAUCUGAAUUUGAAAACUCACUGUGACUUGCUGUCAUUACCAGGUGCUACUGUGGCAGUUUUCAAAUUCUCAACACUACUCCAACCGAUUUAAAUUUUACUUCUCUGAACCCUUGUCUUGUGCUGUUCACCAUCUAACAAGGGAGAAAUAACAGGCCUAUAUUUAUUAUUAUUAAAAAUCACUUACUAUACCUUUAAAUUUACAUGUCAUUUUUCUGUAACCCAAAGAGCAAAGCUGAACUGAAAACUUUUAUUCAUAAUCCUUAUGGCAGUAACACCACAGACUAUUGGCAUGAGUAUGAAGAUGCAAGAUUUUGCCUUUGUUCAGUAGCUGACAAUAAGGCAGAAGUGAAAGAAAGUGUCUGGUGUAUUAUAGGGGCACAGGAAAAGCUAAGUAAUGUGCAGCUAGUGUGACAAAGAACAGUGGAAGAUCUGUUCUAUAUUGGUGCUUGUACCACUCUCAUUGUUGUAUUAAUUGAGUGCCUUUCAGUGGUGCAUUAAGCAGCAUGACUACUGUCACAUGCUGUUUGUUCUUAUAUAGCUACAGAACUUUUAUAAGUAACUUAUAUUUUGUACAAUUUAAAAUACUGUAGUACUUUUGAAAGAAAAGUUUUAAGAGUUAAAAAGGAACGCUUAUUCAGGUGGCCUUAUGUUACGCUGUUUAAUUUACAUAACAAUUUUCUAUUUAAGUGACCUUAUGUUAUAUACCCUUUGCUUUAAAACAAAAUCUUUGAAUUUUAGGUUUGAAAAACUAAGAAUCUCCAUGUUAAAGAAAGAGUCCACACCAAUCUUGUGGGCUGAGAUAAUUGAACUUUUAGUUGCCUCGCUCUCGUGACUGGCAGUUAACCUCACAACAAGCACAUCAUCUGUUGUGAUAUGCUUUUCUUUACAUAUUUUGGAUUAGAAAUAAGGUGGUGUCUGAUAGAAGACAAUUAUCUGAAGGGUGUAAAAUUUUCAAAGGGACCUAAAUCCCAUUUUCAAAAGAGACUUAAGAGUCUAAGUCCUCUUGACAUUCAGUUAGACUUUAGGCAAAGAUUUUUAAAAGUACCGCUCUUUUACCCUUAGCCUCCUAAGGGCUCAAGUCACUUUCAAAAAUUGGACUUAGGCUCCUAAAUCACUUACACACUUUUGAAAAUUUUUACCGAAAGUCUUCUUAGUCAGUAAACAGUAGCCAGCCAAGCCAUCGACUUCCCUGGCUGGCAGAGGUGUCAUUUGGAAUAACAGCUGAAUUAUUUUCAGUCUAUCGGGUGUUUGUUUUUAUUCUAGAAGUUUUUUUAUAUUUUCAUAUUCUAUUUUUUAUGGUGACAUGUUGAAAGACAACAUGGAUCCCAAACUCGAUUGUCUGACAGAUAAAUACACUUGCCACCAGUUGUGUUUGUGGCCAAACUGAGUUUUUAAAAAUUAAGUUGUGUUCUAAACAAUUCCUUAAAGAACAAACUUCUGACUCGCAAUUAUAAACCCUGGGUGCAGCGACUAGCACAUACGACCUAAGAUUGAAGAUAAAAAUUGGUCUCCUGCCUCAAUUCUCUUUUAACAACUUGAAAAAAAAAAUUUGCACCCAUACUGUACUUGCAAAAGCCUCAUACAUAAUUAAUCUUGUGCAUUCAAAGCAAGGAGAGGAAUUUAACAAUGCAGUGGAUGGUAAAAUCUUUCAUUUCUUGUGCCUUUUGGUGGUGCAUGUAAUGGAACCCAGGCAGGCAGCCAGUUUUUAUUGUCAGUCACAAGUUGAAUGUGCAGAGGAGUGUAUUACAUCCAGGGUUUUAGGUGAGUGAUUACAUUCACUUGCCUUGACUGGGUUUUUCAUUGUCCCAGGUGUUAGGAUUUUUUACCUAAUCUGGAAGAGGUACUGUUCUCAAACUACAAGGAAAGCAGAGCAUAAGUAGGGUUUUGCAUCUGUCACUUAGCCAUUUAAUGUUACUAGUUUGGUGGAUUUGUUUCUUUUGUGUUUGGUUUGGGGGUUUUGUUGUUUUUUUUUUGGUAUGUGUAUUUUUUAUUACUUAAAUAGUUAAUUCCAUUUUGUAAAGAGUAAUUUUAUUGCACUUUCGGGUAGGCAUAGCCUCAGAAAUAAUGCUGGAAAUGUGAUGUAUAUUUUGUACUGUGUAUAACGGUUUGGGGGUUUACGUUUUUAAAACCUUGUAAAGAUGUUGUUUUAUCUCCGUGUUAUUUUGCGGUGCUGGGCUUUGAUUCUAAUCUUGCUUGCAACAGCAGAAGUCAGGAGUAACUCCAGUGAAAUCAAAAGAGUUACAUAGUGUAAAACUGGUGCGAGAUCCAAAUUAGAUUGGCUGAGGUUUAGACGAUAUGAGUAAAGUCCUUUGUAAAUCUCAAAAAUUAGUUUCAUAGGAGAGUGGACACUGCCAAUGGGGAAUGUGAGAUAGAGAUUUAAUACAAAUGAUCAGAUUGAGGACUCAGAACUAGAUUGUAAACUCUUUGGGGCAGAGACCAUCUGUUAUGUGCUUGUGCAUUGAUGGGCAUAAUGAGGCCCUAGAGCCCCUAGGCACUACUAUAGUACAAAUGAUAAAUACUAAUUUUUUGUUACAAAUCUGAAUACAGAAUAAGUAAUAAAAGCAGGGCUUUGAAGAGUGAAAAGCUUUACUAAAAGCCACUAUAUAAAAUGCAGCAACAUUUGUCUUUGCUACAGUAGCAGAAUCCUAAGGUUAUGCUAUUGCAAGGUGCUGACAGCCAGGUGUUGAGGAUACUAAGAGGCUGUGCCUCCUCAGGCCUUACAGGUUUUAGCCACUGGUGCAGCAACACUGCUAAGCUCAGCUGCACUGGUGUUAGUCACAGUUCACACUGAUGCAGCACAUCUACACUAGGGGAUUGCACCGGUGCAGCUAUAUCAAUGUAGCUAGUUCCCACAUGAUCUCCCCCUUCUAAAAUUACAACUUCACAACUCAUUUGCCCUCCCAUCUUGGAGCAGUUUGUUGUCUUCCCCCUCCAAGUUGGCAGUGAGUUUUGAGUGAUCCUCAGACCCUCCACUCAUCUACUUUGUAUUACAGCCCAGUUUUGCACUUGAAAGAGCAACGUAUGAAAAUAAAGGUAAAUAAGAUCAAACAUCACUAAAUACUACAUAUGUUGUUUACUUUUUAUCAGGCUAACAAUUUCCUCAUUUCAUUACCUUUUAAACAUAAUGAAUAUAAAAUGAUGUUCUCACUGAGAAAUGCAGUUAAGAUUUAAAAUCUUCUCGGGUGACAUUUCUGCCCUCUACUGUAUGUAUAUUUUGCACUUUAGUACAGAAUGCCAUAGCACCUAAUGUACUGGAGUUUGUUUUUGUUUGUUUAAUAACAAAAAUAAAAGGCAGCACUGUUUGAU